CCUCAUUUCUUCAAUCCACCAUAAAAAGCUAAAAAAGCUACAUUACAUAUUAUUAUUCUUUCCCCAUCUCUCUCAAUCAUCGGAAUCUCCGGUCAAUCAAGCAUAGAUCGAUAGAUACAGAGAGAGAUAUAUAGAUAUAGAGCGAGAGAUACUCUUUAUACGAUUGUUAAUUUCCGAUUACUUAUCCGAUUUCAACCAGAAAUCGUUGCGAUUGAAUUAGGUUUUCGGUUAUCUAAAUUAGGGUUUCAAUUAGGCGUGUUGUUGUUGUUGUGUUGUAGAAGAAGCAUAAGUUCGUGUUGAUUAUGGAUUCGGAAGAUGAUAUGCAUGACGCUAACGAUGUUGAGUCGGUUGAUGAUGACUUCUACAGUGGAGAAACUGCUAUGGAGUCCGAUGAUGGUGAUGCAGCUGAUUAUGAGUUUAUUGAUAAUGAUUCUGAUGAGGAUGAUGAUCCUGUGUCUCAUCGUAGUCAGCAGAACUAUACCAUAUUAAAUGAAGCUGAUAUUCAUCUGCGUCAAGAGGAUAACAUCAAGAAGAUAUCUUCUAUACUUUCGAUUUCGAGUGAUGAAGCUGCCAUAUUACUCCGCCACUAUAACUGGAGUGUUAGCAAAGUGAAUGAUGAAUGGUUCGCCAAUGAAGAAAAGGUUCGCAGAAUUGUUGGACUAUUGGAAGAAUCACGUGCACUUCCCAGGGGCAAAGAGUUAACAUGUGGGAUUUGCUUUGAAGUGUAUACCUGUGAUAAAAUGAGUUCUGCUGCUUGUGGUCAUCCUUUUUGUGUUACUUGCUGGCAAGGAUACAUAAGUACUGCUAUUAACGAUGGGCCUGGAUGCUUGAUGUUGAGGUGUCCUGAUCCAUCUUGCGGUGCGGCUAUCGGUCAAGAUAUGAUUAUUAAAUUGGUUUCACAUGAUGACAGAGAGAAGUAUGAACGUUACUUCCUUAGAUCCUUUGUGGAAGAUAAUCGAAAGACAAAAUGGUGUCCUGCUCCUGGUUGUGACUAUGCUGUGGACUUCAUUGUUGGCGGUGGAACCUUUGAUGUUACCUGCCGUUGCUCAUAUAGCUUUUGCUGGAAUUGUACUGAAGAAGCUCACCGGCCAGUUGAUUGUGACACCGUCUCAAAGUGGAUUAGGAAGAACAGUGCAGAAUCAGAAAACAUGAACUGGAUAUUAGCUAAUUCAAAACCAUGUCCCAAGUGCAAGCGGCCAAUUGAGAAAAAUCAAGGAUGCAUGCAUAUUACUUGUACACCACCUUGCAAAUUUGAAUUUUGCUGGCUUUGUCUUGGUGCAUGGUCUGAUCAUGGUGAAAGGACAGGUGGUUUUUAUGCAUGCAACCGUUAUGAGGCUGCAAAACAAGAGGGAGUGUAUGAUGACACGGAAAAGCGGAGAGAGAUGGCAAAAAAUUCUUUAGAAAGAUACACCCAUUUUUAUGAAAGAUGGGCUACAAAUCAGUCGUCUAGACAAAAGGCUCUGGCAGAUCUUCAGCAAAUGCAAAACAUACAUCUUGAGAAGCUGAGUGACAAGCAGUGCCAGCCUGAAUCACAACUUAAGUUCAUAACAGAGGCCUGGUUACAGAUAGUUGAAUGUAGACGGGUACUAAAGUGGACCUAUGCUUAUGGAUAUUAUUUGCCUGCACACGAGCAUGCCAAAAGGCAGUUAUUUGAGUACUUGCAAGGCGAGGCAGAAUCUGGGUUGGAAAGACUUCAUCAAUGUGCAGAGAAGGAACUAUAUAGUUACCUUAAUGUUGAUGGGCCUUCAAAGGACUUCAAUGAGUUUCGUAUGAAACUAGCUGGGCUGACCAGUGUGACACGUAAUUACUUUGAGAAUCUAGUUCGGGCUCUAGAAAAUGGUCUCUCAGAUGUGGAUGCCCGUGGUGGGACCAGCCGAACCGGUGGCUCACGAGGAUUAGGAGCUGGCAGCAGCAAAAACAGUAGGAACAAAGGAGCCGCACCACCCGCAGCCAGAUCACGAAACAUAGAUGAUUCUGGUCACUGGUCAUGUGAGUAUUGUACAUUUGCUAAUGUAAGGUCAGCCAACGUGUGCCAAAUGUGCCAGCAUCGUCGAUGAGGCGAAUAGUAGUGGUCGAGAAGAAAUAGUUUUACAUUUAAUUUCAACUGUUGUUGUAUGUAUAUAUCUUCUAAAAUACGUCAUGUAUUUUAAUACACGUUUCCGUGUACGCUUCGUACAAGUUUAGAGUGCGGAAAUUGUUGUGAUCAAGUUUAUGACUUAAAUUGAUUCAAAUGAUACCAAAUUGAUACUUGAUUACGUGUGUUGUUUUAUAUAUGGAUGUUGUCUUCAUGUAA